CUUCCCUUUAACUCUCUAACCCCCCUGCCGCUCCCCUCCCCUCCCCAGACUUCUUUCCCUCCCCCUCCCUCUCGCUUCUUCCCCUCCCUCUCCGCCCUGACUCCCUCUCCCGUCUCGGGGAAGUUUCAGAGCCAUCAGUCUGUCCGUCUGUAUGUCCGUCGGUGGGUCCGCAGCAGAGCUGCAGGCAGCGGGCGCCAUUGUGCGCGGAGCGGAGGGGAGCGGGGAACCCCGGACGCUUGGGUCCGGGGAACGUCUGCUCGUGGCUGUCCCGCCAGGAUACCCUGCAGGUCAGCCAGAGAUGGCCCCACAAAUUGAGCCAGGGGACAGGCCUCAUGAUGCCCAGGAGCAGCCAGCCCCUGGGGGAGAAGGGCCCCCAGGUGCAUACUCAGGGGCCCUGGUUCCCAAACCAGAAGAUGUUUUCCAAAGUGAACAAGGGGAGGAACAGAACAUUGCGGAACAAGGAGGCGGACCCCAAAAAGCAGAGCCUGAGGGCUCUUGCCCAGAAGACUGGAUGAUCCGAAAGGUGAAGGUGGAGGAUGAGGACCAGGGAGAGGAAGAGGAGGUCGCAUGGCCCCAACACCUCCCCCAGUUACUUCCCAGCGGCCCCUUCCUGCCCGCCGACCUUGGACCUCUGGCGGCUGUGGCCACAGCCUGUAAGCUAGAGCCUGGAGCCCCUGCACCUCUGAGCGGGCUGGCUCUGGCAUCUUGGCCCCAGGUCCUGGAGAAACCCUACGGCUGCGGCGAGUGCGAACGCCGCUUCCGGGACCAGCUGACCCUUCGACUGCACCAGAGGCUGCACCGGGGCGAGGGCCCGUGUGCCUGCCCAGACUGCGGCCGCAGCUUCUCCCAGCGCACGCACCUUCUGGCCCACCUGCGCAGCCACCGAGGCGAACGCCCCUUUCCGUGCCCGGAAUGCGGAAAGCGCUUUAGCAAGAAGGCUCACCUGACCCGCCACCUCCGCACGCACACUGGGGAGAGGCCCUACCCCUGCGAGGAAUGCGGGAAGCGCUUCAGCCAGAAGAUCCACCUGGGCUCCCACCAGAAAACGCAUACUGGAGAGAGGCCCUUCCCCUGCGCCGAGUGUGAGAAGCGCUUUCGCAAGAAGACGCAUCUGAUCCGCCACCAGCGCAUCCACACGGGCGAGCGACCCUAUCAGUGCACCGAGUGCGGCCGCAGUUUUACGCACAAGCAGCACCUGGUGCGCCACCGGCGGGUGCACGCAGCAGGCCCUGCCCAACCUCCACCUCCCCAGCCGCCGGGCACUGACCCCCUGUGCCAGGACGAGUCCGCCGCCCCUCCAGGGCCCAAGGCCUUCGCCUGCACAGACUGCGGGAAGGACUUCGGCUGGAAGAAGAACCUGGCCUCGCACCAGCGAGUGCACCGCGGCAGCCGCCCCUUCGCGUUCUCGGAGCGCGCGCGGGGCCAGGGUGAGCGGCGCCCCCCAGGGGCUGCAGCGGCGGCCCACGCAGCCAUGAAGGCUUUUGCCUGCACUCACUGCGGAAAAAGCUUCAGCCAGCGUCCGGGGCUGGUGGCGCACCAGCGGACCCACGCUGGCGAUCGGCCCUUCCGCUGUCCAGACUGCGGGCGCGGCUUCUCCCACGGGCAGCACCUGACAAGGCACCGGCGGGUGCACACGGGCGAACGUCCCUUUGCCUGUACCCAGUGCGGCCGUCGCUUCGGCUCGCGCCCCAACCUUGCUGCCCACACCAAGGUGCACAGCGGCGCCCGACCUUUUGCCUGCGCGCAGUGCGGUCGGGGCUUUAGCCGCAAGUCACACCUGGGCCGCCACCAGGCAGUCCACACCGGGAGUCGCCCCCACGCCUGUACGGUCUGCUCCCGCUGCUUCAGCUCUAAGACCAAUCUGAUCCGCCACCAGGCAGUCCACACGGGCUCCCGCCCCUUCCCCUGCUCGCAGUGCGGCAAGAGUUUCAGCCGCAAGACCCAUCUGGCCCGGCACCAGCGUACGCACGGCGAAAUCUCUCAUCUUGACCCCAGCCUGUCAAGCCCAACCUGGCCUGUCCCCACAGUGGCUGCCCCGACGCUUUUCCUCUAAAUAGAACAGAGCCCUGUCCCUCAUCAGACAGGUCUCUCUGUCCAACCCCUCAGCACCCUCUCUCACCUAACUAAUGGUUAGGUCCCUUGUGGUUUGUAUCUCUACUCUCCUUGACUAUAACUGCUCUCCUUUCCUACUGCUCAGAGGUUCCAGUGCUGGCCUCCCCCACUUUGGAUUCCCUGUCCUCCUUCAGUUUUUCAAUAUAUCACCUCUGUUCCGUCUUUCAGCUUCCUGUAGCUACCCUUCACCCCCCACCACUCCCCUUCCUUCUCUCCCGACAUGCUGGAUGCUUAGGGCUUGGAGAACACCCCAUCUGAUCCAGAAUAACCUAGAGAGACUCGCUAUCAGACUCAGGUCUGCAUCUAUAAAGUGAGGGGAUUAAACUGAAUGAACUCUAAGGUUCUUUUCCAUCUGGAACAUUCGACAUCAGCGUGGAGCCUUGGGUGUUGGGGGAUGGAAGUGAGUUAACUGACCAAAGGAGAAUAGAGGGCCAGGCUGAACCUUGUGGGGAGACUACAUAAAGAAAAGAAUAUAUCCCUACUGGUUUGCUCUUCCACGCCUUCUGCUAUCCUUCAAAGCUCUAGGCCUCUCCCCUACCCCUCAAAAAAGGGGUCAGGAGUCUGUUCCAAGAAGAGGGGAGAAUAGUCACCUGUGUAUUUGAUGUGUCAUUAAAGAUACAAUCUGAGGCUUGGGGGCCUUAAGAAUGGUGAGUGCUGGGGCUUUCUUGCCUUGGCCAGUCAAGGGAUGGGGGAAGUUGAGCCUCCUAUUUGACAGCUAGCUCCCUACACUUCUCCUGACCUCCUCUGUGAGGCUUCAGGUUCUCAGAUAAUGGUAUUUUUUCUUCCAAAAUACUGAGUCAAUUCCCUUCACUCACCAAAGCACUUUCUCCAUUCCCCUACAUCCCAGUAGAGAACAAGAACAAUCCAGCCCAAAUCAUCCAGUUUGAAAUUUGCUGCUUUACUAAGCCUAGAUAACGGCCCCUGCCUCUAGGUGAGGAGUCAGCCAGGUUUCCUUCCCACUUCUCUUUUAGCAGAUGACAAAGGUUAAAAGAUGGGAAAUGCAGAGGGAGAGUCUCUAUGGAUCCUCUCAUCCUUGACUGCAGCAGCAUGGAGCAGUUAUCUGAGCUCUGUGCCUUGGGUCUCUCUGCCUGUCUUGGAGCUCUUCCAAGGCCCCUCCCCCCAACCUCUGACCUAUUUUUGCCUCCCUCAACUCUAGCUCAGUGCAGAGGAGGUAGGAGGAAGAAGGCUCAGAUACCUGUUGCUUCCAGCCGGUGUCCCAAACUCUUGCUUCCCUAGAUUGGCAGUGCUCACUCCCAGAGCCUCUGCUUCCCAGGUAGAGAAGGGCAUUUGGAACUGACUGGCUAACGAGAGCGGAGCAGAAAAGACAGUGAAGUGAGCUAACUUUUACAGGGUAUGAGGACAAAAAUAACAGAACUCAUAUUUGAACAAGCACAGAAGAAUUUACAUACUUAGGAAUGCUAUCACCUUAAAGUAGACCCCCUGGGGAGCUAGACACAAAUUCCAAGGAUGGGGUCAUUAUUGAUCAAAACAUCUUUGAAACUCUCAGAGUUGCUUCAGAGUAUAGUGUGAGAGAGAGAGAGAGAGGGAGGGAGAGAGAUAGAUCUAGGACUUGAAGUGACGUCAGAGGUCAUUGAGUCCAAUCCCCUCAUUUUGUAGAUGAAGAUAAGUAACUCGCCCAAUGUCAAACCGGUCAGAGGCAGGAUUUGAACCUAGGUCCUCCAGAGCCAAUGCUCUUGCCACUGUACAGCCAUACCUCCUGAAUAACCUCAAUGUUUGUCGAUCUUCAGCCUCCAAGGAUCGUUGUGGUGUGUUUCUAUUUUUAAACAGUCAACAAAAAAAAAUCAUUUGGAGCCACAACUGAUGAAUAAAUGAUCUAACUAAGUAA